UUCGGAAGUUGUUGCAGCAAUGGCAGUGUCUGACAGUUUCGUUAUUUUUGUAAUACUCUGUAAUGUUUCCGUUUUUGCGUCUAUUGAGAAGUUAACACAGUCAAAGGUUUAUUCGGUAAACCUUAACGACACCGUGGAAGAAAGAUGGAAACAUGUCAUGCUCGACUACAAAGAUUUUGUUUCCUUUUCUCAUAAAAUUAUAAGUGAAUCUGUUCCUCCAUUUGCUCUUCCUUUGGUUGAAAAAAUUGCUGCAGCUGUGGAAAAAUAUCUACCCUGGCCAUAUGCUGGAGAAAUUAAAGGAAUUGCAAAAGCAUUGAAGAUGAAGGUUGGAGAUAUUGUGUUGAUUAACCUCUUUUAUGAUCUUACUGCGUAUUGCACAAGCAUUGUAGCUGAAGAUGAAACCGGUAAACUCUGGCAUGCAAGAAAUCUCGAUUUUGACUUCCAUCAAAUACUGCACGAAUUGACGAUUUAUGUGAACUUUAUGCAGAAUGGAAAGAUAUUAUAUUCUGGCGUGACCUUUGCAGGUUACAUUGGUUUACUGACAGGUCAACGGCCCCACAGUUUUACCAUAACCGUAGAUGAAAGAGAUAAAGGAAGUGGGUGGCUUAAUUAUUUGAUUGGAAUUUUUGACUCCAAUGUAGUUCCUGUCAGCUUCUUGGUCCGAAAUGUUCUGGAACGUGACACAACCUUCACCCGUGCAGUGAGCAGCCUGUCUAACACGGACACUGCGGCAGAUGCAUACUUCAUUGUAGCCGGAGUGCGGGCAGGAGAGGGAGCGGUCAUUACGAAAGCGAGACUCCAAGUUGAUGAUGUUUGGUACCUCAAUCAGACUAACAACAAGUGGUUUCUUGUUGAAACUAAUUAUGAUCACUGGAUACCAACUCCUGCUUCAGAUAAAAGACGUGAUGCAGCUAUCCAAUCGAUGAGAUCUAUGGGAAGAGGUCAUAUCAACACCAAAAAUCUCUUUAAAGUGUUGUCAACUCCUCCUGUUCUACAAAGUUCAACAAUAUACAGUGUGGUUAUGUCAGCUGCAGAUCCACAGAUCUUCACAACAUGGCUUCGUGGAUAUUAACAUGGAUUCAUGGACAUUAACAUAGAUCAAUGGACAUUAAAAUGGAUUUGUGAAUAUUAAUUAACAUAAUAUUUAUUACUAUUGGGACUUGUUUAAUGUAAAAUAAGGAUAUUUGAUUGUUAGAGACAUUUUUGAAUUGGUUUCAGUAUUAAGCAUAAUGAUGUUCAUGUUUUUAGGACAUGCCUUAUCAUGUAAUAUAUCUUACUUGAUAAGAAUAUAGAACUGUUAUACUCCGGUGAACAUUUUAUUCAGUAUCACCUCACAUUUCCGACAUCACUACGCAAUUUUAAAACAAACAUUAGUUGCUCAUCAAUUUUCAGUUGACAAAAAAUAUUGCUAAUGAAGAUUUUGAAAAUAAAAUGUUCCCCGAUACUUUGAAAAGUGUUACAAUAGAAAAUAGAGACAGUUUGAUGUUGAAUUUCAGAGGUGCAGAAAGUACUCUCCCGCUCGCCAAAUGCGAGUAAAAAUGCUGAUUGACGAGUUCAAAAAUGCAACUACUAGUCCAACGGGUGAUCUGUCUUUUUCUGACUGAACAUAAUGUUUUUCCCCAUCAAAUCUGCGACCUGCAUGGUCAGAAUUCCAAACCAUUCAAACAAACUGUUCAGAAUCAUGAUGAAAUAUACAACAAUACAUUGAUAAUUAUUCAGACGACUUUGGAGUUCUGAACUAUUCAAGCGUGACAUUCUAGAAACAGAGUCGGUCAAAGUUCAAUAUUUCCUAGAAAUCGCUUGUUUAUGUUGAAAGAAUGUUGCCGGUGUGUCUUGACUAGAUUGUUCUGUUAACUAUGUUUGCAGAAUGUAACUUUAAUUUUGUAGAUCUAUAUGAAAGAAAUUUGAAAAGAACUUUGUUUUUACCAGAAUAUUUCAAAAUGUAUUUUUUGGUUAAUCAAGCUUUGCAGCCAACCAAGUGUCCUUAAUAAUGUUUUUGUCAAAUAUAUAUAUAUAUAUCUAUCAUUUUAAGUGAAGACAGUGUAUAUUAUAAUAUUGUUAAACAAUAAUAUAUUAUUCCAUGUGCUGACGGACUAAUAGAAAUACUGGCUGGCUAGUAAAUUUUAGUUGGGUCUGGUCCGGCAGGCUAGUUAAAUAUUUCCAUUUCUGCACUCCCAGAAUUUUAAACACAACUGGCAAAUUUUAUUUUAAUUUGGCGAAAAAAAUUCAUGUAACAAUUGAUAUUUUCUUAAAAAUAAUGUUGGUUUUCUACAGUUUUUGGAGUUUAAUAGAUAAUUUGGCCAAAUGUUUUACACACCCACAGCUAGCACUGGUUCUUACAGUUACCUAUAAUAUAAAUUAACAGUAUGUUCUUGGUGUUUCAUGUUUUCAUCCAAAUGUUUUACACACCCACAGCUAGCACUGGUUCUCACAGUUACCUAUAAUGUAAAUUAACAGUAUGUUCUUGGUGUUUCAUGUUUUCAUCCAAAUGUUUGUUUGGGUGGGAUGUAGCUCUGUGGUAAGGCACACAACUGAGGUGCAGUGGGUCACAUAAUCAAUAUGCACUAAUGGAUUUCAUAUGUUUGACGUCCAAUAGCUGAUGAUAAGAUAAAAAAUCAAUGUGCUCCAGUGGCGUAGUUAAAUAGAAUAAACUCUUUUUUUUUUUAAUGGAUUUCAGGUUAGUUUUUUCUCCUGACCAUAAUUGUGGGGCGAGACAUAGCUCAUUGGUACAGCGCUCGCCUGAUCCGAGAUUGAUUCCCGUCGGUGUGCCCAUUGAGAUAUUUCUCAUUCCAACCAGUGCACCACAACUGAUGUAGCAGAGGCCAUGGUUUGUACUAUCCUGUGUUGUGGGAUGGUGCAUAUAAAAGAUACCGUGCUGCUACUUGAAAAGAGUAACUCGUGAAGUGGCUACAGUGGGUUUCAUCUCUCAAUAUCUGUGUGGUCCUUAACCAUAUGUCAUACACCAUAUAACUGGAAAUAAAAUGUGUUGAGUGCAUCGUUAAAUAAAACAUUUCCUUUCUUCCUUCCCCAUAAUUGGUACAUCAACGGCUGUGGUAUGUACUGACAAGCCUAUAUAUGGCAGCAGUGGGUUUCCUUUCUUGACCAGUGUUGAAGUAAUAGUGUGAUAAGACACCAAAGAGCCAUGGUUAAAACGGUGCUGAGUUGUCUGUUAAGAAGCAUUCAUUCCUUUCUGUCCAUGUGGUUUUGUUGCAAGGAAAGUUGGGCUUUGUUCUCGGAAAGUGAUCAGUUUUAAAGGGACAUACCCUAGUUUUUAAACACUAAGACACAUUUUUUACUAUUAAGAGCCGUUUCUGAUAACUGAAAUCAUACUUUACUUAAGAUUUUAUUGUUUAGAUUAUCCAUUUCCG